UUUCCUCCGGGAGGCGGAGACCCGGGUCGGAGGCGGGUGGGAGUUUCGGGGCCAAAGAGCCGUGCGACGGGGGGAGGGGGUUGCCAGGAGAUCUGGGUCCCCUUUGAGGUGGGAGAGCAGUCGUUCGGGGGGCAGGGGCCUGCGCCGUCCAUGCGGGUUUCUCCAGCCCGGCUCCCCCACCCGGGCAGGGCCCCGAAGAGACGAGGAGCCCGCCUCGGACGAGGGGGCGACGGGAGGGGUGCGCCAGGGGCCGGGCCAGGGGGUUUCCGCGGUGUCCAGGGGGCGACCCGGCUCGGGGCGGCGGGGGGCGGCGGUCCUCCCGCGGACCCCUCCCGGCGGCCGGCCGCAGGAUUUCCCGCCGUCGCCCCCGGGGAUUAGCGCGCCCCAGGCCGGCGCGGCGGGAUUAGCCCGCGUGGACUCGCCGCCCGGCCCGGGGAUUACCGCGCGCUCCUCCCCGAUGUAUAUAUUCCCGCGGCCGCGGCGGCGCGGCCGGGACGGCAUGGCGGCGGCGGGGGCCGCGGCAAGCCCCGGGGGCCCCGCGCGGCCGUGCGCCUUCUCCAUCGAGCACAUCCUGUCCGGCCUGCCGGAGCGCAGCCCCGCGGCCCGGGCCGCCCGCCCGCCGCAGCCCGCCGGCCGCCAGGGCCCCGCGCAGCCCGGGGCGCCCACGGCGACGCCCUGCGAGUGCUGCUGCGGCGGUGGCGGCCCCCGCGCGGCGCCCCGCGGGCCCCCGGAGCCGGCCCCCGGGCUGGGCGCGCGGCUGCCGUGGCCGCCGAGGCUCGUGCCCGCGGCGCCCCUGCCCCUGGCCGCCCCGACCGCGGAUUCCGGGGCGCUGGCCGGCGCGGGCGGCCCGGGCCCGCAGCGACGCACUCGGCGCCACCGCACCAUCUUCAGCGAGGAGCAGCUGCAGGCGCUGGAGGCGCUCUUCGUGCAAAACCAGUACCCCGACGUGGGCACGCGCGAGCGCCUGGCCGGCCGCAUCCGCCUGCGCGAGGAACGCGUGGAGGUUUGGUUCAAGAACCGCCGGGCCAAGUGGCGACACCAGAAGCGCGCGUCAGCGUCUGCAAGGCUCCUGCCCAGAGCCAAGAAGCCCCCCAAGGAGAGCUGCUGAUGGCUCUGGGAGCUUGCGGGGCUUGGCCAUAUAGCCUUUGGAGACGGCGCAGAAAGUGGACAGACCUACCCGAGAAGAAGCUGAGCGAAGACACCUGCAUCCUCCCGUCUGCACCGCUCACUGCGUCCCGGAGCUGCUGCUCAUUUGCGGGACAGUGAGUGGAGUGUGUCCCUGCGCCCCCUGCCUGGUGAAAAGAGGGAACACCGAGCAUCUCCGUGGGUUCUCCUCCCCAGCGGCAAGCCGGCAGGAGGGCCAAGGAGGUUCCCUGGCUGCGACACCCCAUCCCUUGUCAACAGGGGGACCCAGAAUCCUGCCCCUGCAGGGGCAUGCUGGCCUCCCUCCACUCCUCAGCAUGGACAUAGUCCCCUUGACCUGGCUUACAACCCUCCAGAGGCAGGCCGGGUGGUGUCUGCACCCCUGGGGUGUUGCCACUGGCAGGUCCUCACUGACUGUUCGGACCUGUAGAAGAAGAAGCUGGGGGAGGUCAUUUCCAGAAGCCCCCUGCAUCUUAAUCCUGUGAGCCUGUGCAGAUACUAGGACAUAAACCAGCAACCCCAAACAGCACAGAGCAGUCCAGGGUCCCAAGUCCGCCAUGGCUCUGCUCACAGCCGGCCAGACCUGCCCCUCCCUGCUCAGGGAGUGGCAGGCCAGCUCCUCUAGGCAGCACAGCGCCAGGGUGUCCCCCAGCAGAGCAGACUGCCCCGCAGAUGGCGGCCUGCACUGGCCUCUAGGUGCUGCCAACCUGCUGGGUGGGGGUCCGUGCUGUGCGCUGAGCCUCCCUCACCGCAGUCCAUCUCUGCCAUCCUGUUGGGAUGAUAGGAGGUUCAGUUGUGGAGGCCCUCCCCAACCGCCUUGGAAAAAGCCUGCCUUCUCCUCCAUCAUCCUGGCUCCAUGGGGAAGGACAACAUGAAAUGAGGCUUCCAUUCCCCAAGUAGGCUUGUCCAGUGGCUGAAGGCCCCUAACACCCCUGUCAUCCAGUGUGGGGGCCUUGUUGUACCUCCUCACAGGCCCUGGGGGGUAAGGAGGGGUAUCUGGAAGAAGACACAGUCAAUCCAUAAAAGAUGCAGAAACCAGGACUGCAGCACCUGGGAUUCUCCAAGGCUGAGCAGCUCAGAUAACAUGAGCAACUGUGCUGUUCCCAGCCAGGGCUGCCCUAAACUGCUGGGUACCCCUGGGUUCCACCAACGCACACUACUGGCUGUUACAAAGCUCUGUUCCCUGACUCCCAGCCUUACUCUUAGAGUCAGCACAGGCUGCUUGCAGAGCCCCCCAGCAGGCUGGGCACCCUCAUCCUGCUGAAUUGCAGGACCCUAGGCCUCCUUUGCUGAGUGGCUACUUGUCACCCUGUAGGGUAGCUAUGAUCAAAGCUCCAGCUGCAAGGCACCAGCAGCUAUGCUGUGCUCCUGAUUUUUCUCUUUCCUCUCAAGCUGCUCCUUGGCAGUCUUGUCCAAUAGCUGCCCGUGUGCAUAGGUGUCCUUGAGGCUGGCCCCCAGACUCACCUCUCUCUCGUCUCCAUUCUCUCGCUGGUUCCCCACUUCUGCCCUCAGGCUCCGAUUCCCACCUCUAUGAGAAUUCCCAUCUCCAAUUCACACCCCCAGGCCGGGCGUCUCCCUGAGCUGGAUAUUUAUGUCCAACUGUCCCCUCGGCUACUCCAUCUGGAAGCUCAUGGCACCUCAAAAUCACCUUGUCCACAGCAGUCUCCCCUGUGCAAAUCAGGUGCAUGAGCCAGAGUGCUGGCAGUCACCCCCGCCUUCGUUCCCUCACCCACGGUACCCAGGCCAACUGCAAGUUGAUUCUGCCUCCAAAAGCAAUCUCAGAAUCUAUCCAUCCCCAGCUUCAACUGCACCAACCUGAUGAAAACGGCCAUCACCUCUCACCUUGACCACUGCAGCCACCUCUGGUCUUGUCCGCCUGCACCCACUCUGCUUCUCUUUAAUUCAUUCUCCCUAAAAGCUGGGGUGCAGGUCUGAACCUGCCUCUCCCCUGCCUGCAGCACUCCAGGAGCUCCCUAUUGCUUCCAGAGUAAAGACUUGCCGUAUGACCCAGGAGGCCCCAUAGGCCUGGCUCCACUGGCAGCAUCUCACACCUCCCUGCUUCUUGCAUUCUGUGUGUAUCCAAAGGUCUUCUCACACCUUCUGCUGAACCUUUGCCUGUGCUCUUUCCCCUCCACCUGAUCAAUGUCUGUUCAUUUGGGUCUGCAACCACUUCAUGAGGGGGCAAACUUCCCCUGACUGCCCCUUAGGUAAGAGUCCCCAGGUGCAAUCUCUUUUUUUGUACCUGUUCACUGCAGUUUUGCCUUGUUUGUGGGAUAAUCUAACUAGUGUCUGUCUUCCCCAUUCAAUGCUCAUCUCCAAGAGGACAGGAACCACCACGACGGAGUCCCCAGUGAAUGAGGGAAUGACUGCCUAUUGUACUAAAUCAUUCUGGGGCAGAACUAACUUGUUUGAGGUAAUCCACAACCCCCUUUCAGGAAAUGAUCAUUCCUGAAAAAUGUCUAGGCAAUUUUCUGGUCCAUUUCAAUAAGAGUUAGCCCUCUUCUGGGUAGUCUGCUCUGGCAUUCAGGGACCGAAUAAUUUUUGACUAGACAUUCCUUCAUUGAACCAUUGUAUUUUUUGUUGUUAGAUAACUAUCAAGAAUGGUCUUAGGGUCCUUACAUAAACGUUGAAUAAAAACCUUGAAACUCGUAUAUAACCAAAUUUUCUAAAAAGUGUGUUUUUGUUAAUAUAGAAACAGUGAUUAUUUGCGAGGAAUUGGAAUUCCAAGGCUUUUCAAUUCCUCAGUGCUGGAAUUUUUCACGGUUAGCGUGAACCGCACAUCAGCUAGCCUCCACCACAGCACCCCCUGGUGCCCACAGCCGAGAUACGCAUGACCAGAGCGAGGUGAGAUAAAGACUACAAC